AUGCGUAGUUCAUCACUUCGGGAGGCAUCUACGGAGGCUGCGGUGGGACAUAAGCGGCCAAGAUGGCGGCUGCUACCAGCGGCGGUUCUUGUCCGGCAGGGAGUAGCAACGGGGCCGGCAUGGAAGUGGACGCGGCGGCGGUGCCGGCGGUGAUGGCAUCGGGCGUGACGGGCAGCGUGUCGGUGGCACUGCACCCGCUCGUCAUCCUCAACAUCAGCGACCACUGGAUCCGGAUGCGCUCGCAGGAGGGGCGCCCCGUCCAAGUAAUUGGGGCUCUGAUUGGUCGCCAGGAGGGGCGCAACAUCGAGGUGAUGAACUCUUUUGAACUGCUGUCGCACACAGUGGAAGAGAACGUGGUUAUUGACAAAGAGUAUUACUACACCAAGGAGGAACAGUUUAAACAAGUCUUCAAAGAACUGGAGUUCUUAGGCUGGUACACGACAGGUGGCCCCCCAGACCAGUCUGACAUCCAUGUCCACAAGCAGGUGUGUGAGAUCAUUGAGAGCCCCCUCUUCCUCAAACUAAACCCCAUGACCAAACAUACAGACCUGCCUGUUAGUGUCUUUGAGUCAGUGAUUGACAUCAUCAACGGAGAGGCCACAAUGCUGUUUGCUGAGCUGACGUACACACUAGCCACAGAGGAGGCUGAACGCAUUGGGGUUGACCAUGUGGCCCGGAUGACAGCAACAGGCAGUGGCGAGAACUCCACAGUGGCUGAGCACCUCAUUGCCCAGCACAGCGCCAUCAAGAUGCUUCACAGCCGUGUCAAGCUCAUUUUGGAGUACGUUAAAGCCUCAGAAGCAGGUGAAGUGCCCUUCAACCAUGAGAUUUUGCGUGAGGCCUAUGCCCUCUGCCACUGUCUGCCAGUGCUGAGCACUGAUAAGUUCAAGACAGAUUUCUAUGAUCAAUGCAAUGAUGUGGGCCUUAUGACUUACCUGGGGACCAUCACCAAGACAUGCAACACCAUGAACCAAUUUGUGAACAAGUUUAACAUUCUAUAUGACCGCCAGGGCAUUGGCCGCCGAAUGCGGGGGCUCUUCUUCUGAGAUGUUGACACUCCCUAAUAAAGUGAUUGUGAUGCCAGAUA